GAUGUGCGGAAUUAUUAUCAAAUUGAACGCAGAAACAUUAAAUGUUUUUCGUUCAAAAGUGACUGAAACCACCCCCCAUCUACGGAGUGCCACGAGGAGUAGCGUUAAUUGACAUGAAAUUGCUGACCAAUUCCCGGCUUUUGCGGCCGCUGCUGUUGCUGCGCCGCCAAAGGUCGCAUGACGUAAAGGCGGCGGAGGCGCCGAAACCACGACGACCGGUUCCAACCAGUGCCCAACUGGACGAGAUGGAGCGGAAUGUGGUUAGGCGGCAUCACAAGAACAACGUGCCGCUGAUUCGCUCUCUUAUCCAGGAGGCGGAAGCUGGAGAUCAGGACAAGCUGAAACAGCUAGAUGUAGAACUGGAGCAACUACCCAAUGCAACGCAUCCUCGGCUGCAGGACUAUGGCGAAGAGCCGCGGGAACUGGCGAAGUAUAUGCACCGGGAUCUGCCACCGCAGUCCAGCCUCAAGGAGUUCUCGGAACUGGCCCGUGCCCUCAAUCUGUAUCGCAUGGAUCACCUCGGUAACUACACGGGACACAAGAGCUACUACCUGACCGGCCAACUGGCCACUUUGGAGCAGGCCAUCAUACAGUAUGCCCUGAAGGCAGUCACUGACCACGGCUUCAAACUGAUCUCCGUGCCCGACAUCCUGCCCAGGGAGGUGAUCGAGUCUUGUGGCAUGCGCACCGAGGGCGAACGCACCCAGGUCUACAAACUGGACAACGGCGAGUGCCUCUCGGGCACCUCAGAAAUGGCACUGGCCGGUUUCUUUGCGAAUAAGCUACUGACGGAGGAGCAGCUGCCCCUCAAGGUGACCGCCGUGAGUCGCUGCUAUCGGGCUGAAACCUCGGGUCUGCAGGAGGAGAAGGGCAUUUAUCGAGUGCACCAGUUCACCAAGGUGGAGAUGUUCGCCAUCUGCACGGAGCAACAGUCCGAGGCGGAGCUGGAGGAGUUCAAGAACAUCGAGGUGGAUCUUUUCCGACGGCUGGGCCUUAACUUCCGAUUGCUGGACAUGCCGCCCUGCGAGCUGGGAGCUCCGGCGUACCAGAAGUACGACAUCGAGGCCUGGAUGCCCGGUCGCCAGAUGUGGGGCGAAAUCUCCAGUUGCAGCAACUGUACGGACUAUCAGGCCAGACGGCUGGGCAUCAGAUACCGACGCUCCAGUGACGGGGAGAUCUUAAAUGCCCACACUAUCAAUGGAACAGCGACGGCCAUUCCGCGCCUUCUGAUUGCCCUGCUGGAAUCUAAUCAGAGAGGAGAUGCCAUCGAGAUACCCGCCGUUCUAAGACCCUUUAUGGACGACCAGGAGCUGAUCACGCGGAACAAACGGGUACCGGAGACGAAGCUGGUCAAGUUCAUCAAGGCCUAGGCUAACCACAUUCUGUACCUUUGACUGUUAUCAUUAAAUCCAGCUUAUCAACGCAAGCGCGGGAAUAUUUUGAAGCACUCCCCUUAGCUGAUAUCUGGCAGAUCAGGGUAUAACACCCUGCGCUUAAUCACGUACAUUAAUCAUCGCGAUUGGCUAUUGAAUUACAAAUUGAUUGUUGACCUUUCUACAUACCCUUCGACUCCGCCGAAAUACUUCAUGGUGAGAGCUGGUUAUCUGGGCCUAAUACAAAUCCCAACUGGAAUGUGGCUUAAAAUGCUGAUCUGAUGUGGAGAAGGCGGUUCCUGUCCUGUCCUGCAAGAAACAAAAAACGAGUGCAAUUAAGCAAUAAAACAUUGCACGAUUAAUUUUAGCACUGCAACGGGUUGUUAGCACUCGGAUCAACCUUAUCGCGUUUCAUUAGCCUCAAAACCAAAACAUUUGUCAACCGCACAGGUAAGAAAAUAGCGCUGACACAGGUGAAAUCAGCAUACAAAUAAAGUGGCUGAAACUGAAGCCAAAACAGGCAACACAGCAAGAGGUGGCAUGCGUUUAAAGAAUGCAAUUUUAGACCAUCGAGGGGUUUAUUUAUAGAGUUCGAUAUGUGCAAUUUCUCAGGAGCACUUCCCUUCUCAAGAGGUUUCCCUGUACCACAGAUUUUCGUGACUGCAUAAGUGAGAGUGCAAAGCGUGCGCCGUCCAAACUAGUUUAUAAUGAAUCCCGCUCACUUUUGCUUACGUUUCACAUAUCUUGCAAUUCUCCCACAAUAUUAAUAAAACAGCGAUUGCCGAUUUGAUUUACCACACCAUGCCCCUUCCGCCCACACUUGCGAGCACUCAUCAUUAAAAUUUGAUUAGAAGCGGGACGCAGGAACCUUAAUAUUACGACAACGAAACCAACUCUUACCCGGCAGAGCUGUUUCCGUCCACGAUUCGAACGCUUUGAGCACCAAAUGCGUUAUGUUUGGGUACAUUCUCAAUUCAAGACCAGCGACUCUUUGAUAUUUAUAUACCGGGUAAUUGCAGAGUACAUGGGUAUAUUGUAUCCGAAAACUGUAUGUCACAAGAUGAAGAAUUCGCCCCUGUGAGUUGUAUUUAACUACCAAAACCCAAGGGUUUUCAAUGUUAAGAUAUUAAGACAGUUGAUUUAAAUUAAUUAAAAUGUACUUACCAUUUAUAAGAU